AUGGAUGCAGAACAAGUUCUGAAAUUGUUUGAUACCUACUGGUUUGAGGCGACAAUUUUCACCAACAAAACCCCUUCACAUUUUCAUUCUACGCUGGAUUCAAUCCCUCAGUCCAAGGUUAUAGAAGGGCUUCCUUUACACACAAAGCUUCUUAGAAUUCCAACACUUCAAGUGAGGUCUCUUAGUGAUCAAAACUUGGGCUCAACAGUAGCUGCUUUCUCUGAUUUUCCAUCACCAAAUUCUGUCCUCACACCACAGAAGCUGAGGCCAAUUCUUUCUGGGAAGGAGGUGGGAGAAUUUCCACUAGAAGAAGCUCAUCAAAACCAUGAAAAUGAAGAGGAAGAAGUAACAAAGAAAAAGUUAAGUCAUAGUCAUAGAAGAAGAUUCAGGAAAGGAAAAACCUCUAGGAGUCUUUCAGACCUUGAGUUUAAGGAGCUAAAAGGGUUUAUGGAUUUGGGUUUUGUGUUUUCUGAAGAAGACAAGGAUUCAAGAUUGGUUUCUUUGAUACCAGGGUUGCAAAGGCUUGGAAGAGAGGAUGCAGCUGUGAACUCAUCAGAACAGAAAAUUGAUGAAACUGUGAUUUGUAGGCCUUAUUUGUCUGAAGCAUGGGGUGUUUUAGACCAAAGGAAGGUUUUAAAUCCAUUGUUAAAUUGGAGGGUACCAGUUCUAGGCAAUGAAAUGGACAUGAAGGACAAUCUUAAGUUCUGGGCUCAAACAGUUGCAUCCAUUGUAAGAUAA